GCUGGUGGUGGGAGCUCCCUACGAAACCAACGGCCAGCAGAAGACGGGAGAUGUCUACAAGUGCCCAGUGACCAGCGACACCCACAGCAACUGCACCAAACUCAACCUAGGCCGGGUAACGCUCUCCAACGUCUCCGAGCGGAAGGACAACAUGCGCCUCGGCCUCAGCCUGGCUACCAACCCCAAGGACAACAGUUUUCUGGCCUGCAGCCCUCUCUGGUCCCACGAGUGCGGGAGCUCCUACUACACCACGGGCAUGUGCUCCCGGGUCAACUCCAACUUCAGGUUCUCCAAGACAGUGGCUCCGGCUCUGCAGAGAUGCCAGACGUACAUGGACAUAAUCAUAGUUCUGGAUGGAUCAAACAGCAUAUAUCCAUGGGUUGAAGUUCAGCACUUCCUGAUAAACAUCUUGAAAAAAUUUUAUAUUGGCCCCGGCCAGAUCCAAGUCGGAGUUGUUCAGUACGGAGAAGAUGUGGUCCACGAGUUUCAUUUAAAUGACUACAGGUCUGUAAAAGAUGGGGUAGCGGCUGCCAGUCACAUAGAGCAAAGAGGAGGUACAGAAACCAGGACUGCCUAUGGGAUAGAGUUUGCUCGCUCGGAAGCGUUUCAGAAAGGUGGCCGGAAAGGGGCAAAGAGAGUAAUGAUUGUAAUCACAGAUGGAGAGUCGCACGACAGCCCAGACCUGGAGAAGGUGAUUGAGGACAGCGAGAAGGACAACGUCACCAGAUACGCCGUGGCUGUACUGGGUUAUUACAACAGAAGAGGAAUCAAUCCCGAAGCCUUUUUGAAUGAGAUAAAAUUUAUAGCGAGUGACCCAGAUGACAAGCAUUUCUUUAAUGUCACAGACGAAGCAGCACUCAAAGACAUCGUGGAUGCGCUGGGGGAACGGAUAUUUAGCUUGGAAGGAACCAACAAGAACGAAAUCUCCUUCGGACUGGAAAUGUCCCAGACGGGAUUUUCAUCACAUGUUGUGGAAGAUGGGAUCUUGCUGGGGGCGGUGGGCGCCUACGACUGGAACGGAGCUGUCCUGCAGGAAACCAGCAGCGGGAAGGUCAUUCCCCUGCGGGAAUCUUAUCUCCAGGAGUUCCCGGAGGAGCUGAAAAAUCACGGAGCCUAUUUAGGUUACACCGUCUCCUCCGUCAUAUCCACCAAGCACGAGCGGAUUUACGUCGCGGGAGCACCCAGGUUCAACCACACUGGGAAAGUCAUCAUUUUCAGCAUGCACAACAACCGAAACCUCACCAUCCACCAGGCACUGAAGGGAGAGCAGAUCGGCUCCUACUACGGCAGCGAGAUCAACUCCCUCGACGUCAACGGCGACGGUAUCACCGACGUUUUGCUGGUGGGAGCCCCCAUGUACUUCAGCGAGGGCAGGGAGAGGGGGAAGGUCUAUGUCUACACCCUGCGGGAGAACCGCUUCGUUUCCAGCGGUGCCCUCGUAGACCUGCAGAGCUACCAGAACUCCCGCUUCGGCUCCUGCAUCGCCGCCGUGCCGGACCUCAACCAAGACUCCUACAACGACCUUGUCGUCGGUGCGCCUUUGGAGGACGAGCACCAAGGAGCGAUAUACAUCUUCCUGGGCUUCGAAGAGACUGUCCUGAAGAAGUACAAACAGCGGAUAGCAGCUGCGGACCUCGCGCCAGGCCUGAUGUAUUUUGGAUGCAGCAUCCACGGGCAGCUGGACCUGAACGAAGACGGGCUCAUAGACUUGGCCGUCGGCUCUCUAGGGAACGCCGUGCUGUUGUGGUCCCGCAGCGUGGUCCAGAUCAACGCCAGCAUCCGCUUCGAGCCCUCCAAAAUCAACAUCUUCACCAAGGACUGCAAGCGGAAUGGGAAGGAUGCCACCUGCAUGUCGGCCUUCAUCUGCUUCACUGCCGUCUUCCUCUCGGCUCACUUCCAGACAGCCAGCGUGGCGCUGCGGUACAAUGCCACCAUCGACGAGCGCAGGUACACGCCACGGGCUCACCUGGACGAGAGCGGAGAGCGGCACACGCAGAAGGAGCUGGUGCUGUUGGCCGGGCAGGAGCACUGCGACAAGCUCCAGUUCCACGUCUUGGACACGGCUGACUACGUGAAGCCAGUGACGUUCUCCAUCGACUACGAGCUGGAGCACCCUGAGAACGGCCCCAUGCUGGACGAUGGCUGGCCCACCUCGCUCAAGGUCUCGGUCCCUUUCUGGAACGGGUGCAAUGAGGAUGAGCACUGCGUCCCUGAUCUGGUCCUGGACGCCAGAAGCGAUGUGCCCAGUGCCAUGGAGUACUGCCGGCGGGCUCUGCGGAGGGCACCGCCGGACUGCUCGGCCUUCAGCCUCUCCUUCGACACCUCCGUCUUCGUCAUCGAGAGCAGCAGGAGGAGGGUGGCCGUGGAGGCGGCGCUGGAGAACCGAGGCGAAAACGCCUACAGCACGGUCCUCAACAUCUCCUUCUCCAGAAACCUCCAGUUCGCCAGCUUGAUCCCAAAGGACGACACCGACAUCAACAUCGACUGCAUGACUGAAGACAAGCACCCCAACAAGAAAGUGUGCAACGUGAGCUACCCCUUCUUCCGAGCCAAGGCCAAGGUAGCUUUUCGCUUGGAUUUUGAAUUCAGCAAGUCGAUUUUCCUUCAAAGCAUGGAGAUCUACUUGAUCGCCAACAGCGACAGCGAGGAGCAGGAGAGCACCAAGGAGGACAACUUCGCCCACCUGAAUUUCCACCUGAAGUACGAAGCCGACCUUCUCUUCACCAGGGCAUCUAGCCUGGACUACUAUGAAAUCAGGUCAAACAGCUCCCUGGAGAGAUACGACAGCAUCGGCCCCCCCUUUCAUUGCACCUUCAAGCUGCAGAACCUGGGCUUCUUCCCGGUGGAAGGGGUGACCAUCAAGCUCACCGUCCCCGUGGCCACCCGGGCAGGCAACCGCCUCCUGCUCCUGACUGAAUUCCUGGUGGACCAGGAGAACACAACCUGCAACAUCUGGGGAAACACCACCGACUACCAGCGGACGCCUGCCGAGGAGGACCUCUCCCGCACCCCCCACCUGAACCACAGCAACUCUGACGUCGUUUCCAUCGACUGUGAUGUGAAAUUAGCCCCCAACGAGGAGAUGAACUUGCACUUGCGUGGCAAUCUGUGGAUGAAGUCUCUGAAAGCACUGAAGUUCAAGUCACUGAAGCUCACCACGAACGCCGCUCUCCAGCGACGCUUUGGGAGCCCCUUCAUCUUCCGCGAGGAGGACCCCAGCCGUCAGAUAACGUUUGAAAUCUCCAAGCCGGAGGAGUCGCAGGUCCCCAUCUGGAUCAUCCUGGGGAGCACUUUAGGAGGGCUCCUGCUCCUGGCCCUGCUCGUCCUCGUGCUCUGGAAG